UACAGCAAAUGUUCUUUAAAUGUUUCUUUUCCAAGUCCGAUGGGAGACAGACGAGAGGCAGAGCGCAUGCGCGCGGUGCCGUCGCUCGGUCCGAUGACACCGCGGCUCAGCUCGGGCUUAAAGCAGGAAGCGGUCCGGUUCGGCUCCGCGAAGGGCCUCGGUCCCAGCACAUGCUUGUUGCACACCAGCCCUGAGAAGUUCUUCAUCGAGGCCUGCGAUGACGGGGCGGAUGCCGUGCUGACCAUCGACAGGCUCUCAAACGAGAUGACCCUCACAGGUAGGAAAGGCCUCCCCCCCUCAACGGUCACCAGGCCCAUAUGUGGCAUCAUGGGAACCGUGCGCCUGGUAGCAGGGAUGUACCUGAUAGUCAUCACCAGGAAGAGGAACGUGGGGAGCUUCCUGGGGCACGCUGUGUGGAAGGCUGUGGAUUUUGACGUGAUCUCUUAUAAGAAGACGCUGCUGCAUCUCUCAGAGGUCCAGACUCAGGAGAAUAAGACCUUCCUGUCCAUGAUAAACAACGUACUGAUGACGGACGGCUUCUACUUCUGCACUGACUACGACCUGACACACACUCUGCAGCGGCUGGCCAACACCAGCCCUGACUUCCACGAGAUGAGCCUGCUGGAGAGGGCGGAUCAGAGGUUUGUGUGGAACGGGAACCUUCUGAGAGAGCUGUCUGCACAGCCAGAGCUCCAUAGGUUUGCUCUUCCAGUUGUCCACGGCUUCAUCGUCAUGAAGCCAUGUCGUAUAAACGGAAAGAUCUUUGAGUGGAUCCUCAUAUCCAGGAGGAGCUGCUUCCGGGCCGGCGUCAGAUACUACGUGAGAGGCAUCGACUCUGAAGGCCAUGCUGCCAACUUUGUGGAGACGGAGCAGAUCGUUCUGUAUGAGGGAGCCAGGGCGUCAUUCAUACAGACACGAGGCUCCAUCCCCUUUUACUGGAGUCAGAGGCCCAACCUGAAGUACAAACCCAAACCUGUCAUUACCAAAACCACUAAUCACAUGGAUGGUUUCCAGAGGCACUUUGACUCUCAGCUUCUGGUCUACGGCAAGCAAACCAUUCUGAAUCUGGUGAACCAGAAGGGCUCAGAGAAGCCACUAGAGCAGGCCUUUGCCAAGAUGGUGUCUGACAUGGACCACGCUAUGCUCAACUACGUUGCCUUUGACUUCCACAAAGAGUGCAGCCACAUGAGGUGGGACCGCCUGCAGAUCCUAGUGGAUAACGUCGCUGAGACACAAGAGCAAUACAGUUACUUCAUGGUGAGCCCAGAGGGGAAACCGUUGGCCCAACAGAGUGGACUGUUCCGCAGUAACUGCAUGGACUGCCUGGACAGGACCAACGUCAUCCAGAGCCUGCUGGCCCGGCGCUCCCUUCAGUCCCAGCUGCAGAGGAUGGGCGUUCUCAAUGUGGGUCAGCGGAUUGAAGAGCAAGCCGAGUUUGAGAAGAUCUACAGGAAUGCAUGGGCCGACAACGCCAACGCAUGCGCCGUACAGUACGCAGGAACUGGCGCCCUGAAAACUGACUUCACGAGGACGGGGAAGAGGACCAGGUGGGGGCUUCUGAUGGACGGCUGGAACUCCGUCAUCCGCUACUACAAAAACAACUUCUCUGAUGGAUUCAGACAGGAUUCCAUUGACCUGUUUCUGGGUAACUUCGCCGUCGAUGGGUCUGAUGCCCCCACUCCUCUUCGUGUGCAGAAGGACUGGAAGUUCUUCACGCUGCCCAUCAUUAUGCUGGUGGCGUUUUCCAUGUGCAUCAUCUGUCUCCUCAUGGCCGGGGACACGUGGACGGAGACCCUGGCCUAUGUGCUGUUCUGGGGGGCUGCUAGCGCCAUCACAGCCACCAUCAUCCUUUUCAACGGCCAAGACUUUGUCGACGCCCCCAAACUGGUUCACAAGGAGAAGAUGGACUGAGCGUGUGUGUGUGUGUGUGUGUGUGUGUGUGUACGUGGACUCAGAUUGCUCAGGUCUGGACUCUGGACGGAUCUGCUGUCUCCAACACAUGUAGCCUCUCCACUUGUUGGGUUUGUUGGCUCUGUUCACGUACUGUACCUGAGGAGGGGUUUGUGGUUCGCACUUUACUUUUCUUUAAAAACACUUCUUCUCAUUUUUCUAUUCCUUCACCGUUCUGCAAAUAAUACAUGUAAUAAUGUGACAGCAGGCUUACUCCCACACAGGGGUCCCACCUCCUUCUGGGGGACGUUUGGUGGAGCUGUGCUGAAAAUGUCAUGUCAUCAAACUCUACCGACCAAUAGAAACGGCGGAGGUUGUUAGACGUCCCGCCCUUUUUCCCUUGUAGGCAGAACCAAGCUGAAAGUGUGUGAGGUUAAUUGGGUGAAGACCUUUUGUUUGGUGGAGGGUUCUUCUUCUCUCUAAACAGGUCAUUUAUUACACAUACUAUGUAUCUGGCUGAUGGAUGGAGCACGCUGUGCAAUAUGUGGACUUCUGAAUGUAACAAACCUUACAAACUCAAUGGAAUCUGAAUAUUUGGCUCGACUGUGUGGACAAUAUGUCUUCGUAUGAAGCUAACGUGACUGGUGUCCAUGAUAAUGUGGCCCUCUGCAGAACCAUGCAAUGUGCUGCCUGCUUCCGUUGUCCACGGUGAGCGUUGCUACCUGCUAACUAACCUCAGCCUGCACCUUCAAUUAGGCCGGAGAUCCAAACGGGCGCAGUCCGCUGCUUGGUGAGGUAGAACCUAAUUAAUGGUAAUAAGAAAGGAAUCAUUUGUCAUUAGUUUGCUGUUUGGGUCCCCAGCAGGCCGACGAGCUGUCGGCGUCUCAAUUCUUCAUUGUGGCUUGAAUUGUGAUAUGAGCUGUAGUGAUCACCUGCUCCGUCUCCUUCUGUUGACGCUUUAUGGCGUUUCAUCAGGAAAAGGGCCCACGAACAAUGUUGUUCUUUCUGAUAUCUCUAACUACUAGUGGGAUACUGUAUCUUAAUAAUAAUUAUGUGGUGGUGAAUUCCAAAUACUCUUUGUUGAGCUGAUCGUUAGUGAUUUAAAUUGUCUCCUCUGUGGUUCAGUUUCGUCUUCGUGUUCCUUUGGUCCAGAGGAGCAGCCUUCCUUUCCUGCCCCUCUGCAGAGAACACAAGUCAGAUGCUUAUUGCUUAUUCAGAUUGAGCCCCCCAUGGUGGUCUUUGGUCCCCCGGCCGCCUUAUUCUGUUUGUUUCACAGGCAGGAUGUGUGCGGUUAGUCGUCCCCAAUGUGCUUCUCAUCAUUCCUGCUCUGUGAACAUCACAUCAUGGUCGUUAGGGGAGUUAUUGAUUGUAUGUUAACUUUAGUAAAAUGUUGAUUCAUUCUGAGCAGAACUAUGCAACUUUGUGUAGCUGUGUAGGUCCACUUACUCCCAAAAAGUAGCCAGAAGUACAGAAGAAAAUAUGAACUUGAGGAAAUAAAGUAAGUUUUUACUUACUUUAAAGUAAGUGGAGCUCAGCGGCAUCAUGUGUCCAUGUGUCCAUGUACAUGCAGAGAUCCAGGAUGCUCGGCCAUGUUACCACCACCAUGUUCUGCAGGUUUCACAGUACUUUGGGUUUUUUCUUGUAUGUAAUCAUUAAAUCUCUAAUGUGUUUUUUGUGUAUAAGUUUAGCUUGUAAACACAACAGGGGGACCAGUAACAAGUUGCUCCACUGAGGUGUACUGCACACUUCACUACAACAGCAGUGAUUUGCUUUCUUUUGCCAUGUGUUGAUUCUUCAUUUAAGGAAAUAAAGUAAAAGGCUGGGAACCACCGGGCCUCGUUCCUCGGCCA